UGGUACCGAAUGGACGCAUUGGCACUUGGAGACAAUGGCGACCAACCUGCCCUUCUUAUAUCAGUGGAUAUCAAAAAACCUUUUGACGGAAUUAUGUUUAGUCACCGGUAUACCAGUUGGGUUCAAGUAGAAGAUGCUCUAAGUCAGCUGGAAUCA